UCGACCGUUAAUACUAUUGAGGUGUGUUAAAAAAAUAUGAAGUGCGUUAUUUUUAUUACAAUUUUGGCGUUUUAUACAGUUCAUGGACUGAAGACCAUUCAAAAGGGUUAUUUUAAUACAAUAUCAGUGGAACCAAUAGAAUAUGGAGCAGAUAGAAAUUACUACAACGCUGGAAUAAGAAAAUCAAUCAUUUGUAAGGGUGGUGAUAAAAAUCAAAAGGUUGAAUGGAUAGAUCCCUCAGGAGUGGUUGUUCCUCGGGUUUCAACCAACCGAGUGUUUGUACAGGAGCACUUUGUCCCCUCCUACAGGGCUAGGGUACCAGCAGCCGUGCUGGUUUUCACCCGAGUAACAGUGGAAGAUAGUGGUGUAUGGGAAUGCCGUUCGGGAGGAAAGAAAAGAGAACUCUCGCUGUGUAUAAUUGAUCCAGUGGAGUUCGUGGAUAUGCCAACAGAAGUCACCGUGGACUUGGGCAGGUCCAUAACACUUACCUGUCAAGCGCGAGGUGGCCCAGAACCCACACUCGUGUGGUAUAGAAAUGGAGAAAUUGUUGUCGAAGAUAGCGCCUCUUCUAAAUAUGUAGUGACUACAAAAUUUAACAGUCAAGGAUUUGAAGGCCUCCUUACAAUCAGAUCGCUUGAAAGAGAGGAUAGUGGUAUCUAUACUUGCACAGCGAUACAGGCCAGCCCUCACGAUGAAGACUGUACCGCAAGCAAGAGUACUAACAUUACACUUAACAUAAACUAUGCACCUGUAUUCUCUGAUGGCAAUGAUACAAAUGUAGUUUUCGUCAAGGAAAAUGAAAAUACAGAACUAACUUGUUCCGUUGAGGCGUAUCCGGAGCCGACAUAUCGUUGGUUCAAAGAAGUUGGUAGUGAUCUAUCUGAAAUACCUCAAACUGAAAUAAGGGUAGCAGAGGAUAGCAGCAAGGCUGUUAUAAUUUUAAAAGUGGAGAAGUCACUUUUUGGUCAAAGAUUUGUCUGCCGUGCGACAAAUCAGUAUGGGAAUGUUGAUAAAGUAUUUGCAAUUCAAAAACUGGAAAAGCCACAAGCACCAAUCGAGCUAAAUAUAAACAAUUCUUCAUACAAUUCAGUACAAUUACGGGUAACUUGGGAGGAGGAGGCGUUUUAUCAAGUGGCAGGAGUUGAAAUUCAAUACGUGCAAGCAAGUGGAUUAAAAAGAAAAGGACAUUAUGAUUGGAGAAAAGCAACUGAAAUAGAAGUAAAGUCAGAAGAGUUUGAUGGUAUAGAGAGUGAAAGUAGUGUUGCUCUUAUAUCAUUGCCAAAGCUAGAGGAGGACACGUCAUAUUGGCUGCGUAUUCGCGCAAUCAAUGAAGCCGGCUGGUCUUCUUGGUCCACACCAGUCAAAGUUGCUACAGAGCUUAAACCGGAAAUUGAGGAUAUUGAGGAAAGCCCUAUAAAAAUGAAAUCAGAAAGUCAUGAUUCUUUGGCGCGUGUAUACGGCCUACUAUUCGCCGGGGGAGUGUUGGUCAUAGCUUUCGGAUCUAUGUUUAUUGUGAGAUUAGUUUAAUUAUUUAGAGUCACGAUAUUAAAGUAUUAUACAAGGAUUA